CGCGCCAUGGCCUGGGCCCCUCUCCUCCUGGCGCUGCUCGCCCACGGCUCAGGAUCCCUGGUCCAGGCAGCGCUGACUCAGCCGGCCUCUGUGGACGUGUCGCCCGGAGGCACCGCCACCAUCACCUGCUCUGGUAGCAGCUAUGCUUAUGGCUGGUUCCAGCAGAAACCUGGUGGUGCCCCAGUCCCUGUGAUCUAUAGCAACGACAAGAGACCCUCGGGCAUCCCUGCGAGAUUCUCCGGUUCCAAGUCUGGCUCCACGGCCACCUUAACCAUCACUGGGGUGCAAGCCGAGGACGAAGCCGUCUAUUACUGUGGUAGCUAUGACAGCCCCAAAUCACUGUGUGGUGUUUUCGGCGCGGGGACCCAGUUGAACGUCCUGGGUCAGCCUACGGCCACCCCUGAUGUAUACCUCUUCCCUCCAUCUUCUGAGGAGAUCAACUCAAAGCAGAAGGCCACCUUGGUGUGCCUGCUAGCCGACUUCUACCCUGGUUCUGCGACUGUUGUCUGGAAGGUUGAUGGCACCACCCGCACCACUGACGUGGAGACCCCCAAGCCUCAGAAGCAGAGCAACAACAAGUACAUGGGCAGCAGCUACCUGUCACUAUCUGCCAGCGAAUGGAAGAGCCACGAAACAUACACCUGCGAGGUCACGCACAACAGCAAGAAAAUCGAGAAGGUCAUCAAGAGAUCGGAGUGCCCUGUCUAACACACCAGGAGCUCCACCAUCCCCUCUCCUCAUCCCCUUCCACACUCACAUCUCCAUGUCUGUCCCUCCCCAUGGCUGCUGGUGGAAGCAGCUCUCCUCCGGCACAGGUCCCUGCUGUCCCCCUGUGCCCGGGCUCUCUGCCCCCCUCACUUGUCCCCCUACUCUGAAGUCAUCCUAAUAAACACAGACAUUGA